UAUCUAUUUUGAGACGUUGUUCUUCUGACGGGGUCAGACCGUGGACGUCCCUCACGUGACCUGGUUGGAUUUCAUCUCGGUAAAAAUAGACCGUGUUGUGUUGUGUCAGGAUCGAUGUUACUGCAGAUUAUUGAUCCUUGAGCCAGCGGAUCAGGAGAGAAGCUUAACAUCGGCAGAAUUACUGGACUAUAGGUUGAAACGUCGGAAGUUUACAAGAUGAAGCUGUCCCGUUUCCUGUGCUUCGGUGGCAGUAACCUCAUUCUGCGGGAGAGGUUGCGGCGCUACCUGGGUCCCAUCAUCGACCCGGUCCGUGACAAGGUUACCCGGGCUUGUCAGACAACAGUCACGGUUACCAUGGAGGUCCUGUUAUGGACGUACGCCUACACGCACGCGCUGUUGUCCAUCCUUCUCGUCUGGGACGUAACGCCUGCCAUCACUGGGCGCAAGGCUUACGCGCCAAGUCCUCUGGACCAGCGACGGAAGCCACAGAGAAACUCAGAUGUAGUUAUCCUGGUAGAUGAGUACGAGUUUGAGUCUAACAAAGCUGUUUUGUCCGAGAAAAGCGAGUAUUUCCGAGCGAUGUUUGAAUCCGGGAUGAAGGAGUCCACUGAAAAGAUCCUGACGUUACACGGCGUCCCGGCCGCCAUAUUUGACAUCAUCAUCGACUGCGUCCACGGCUCUCCUCUCGCGGUAACGGACGAGAACUUGGCUGACCUGGUGGCCGCGGCGUCGUUCCUGCAGAUGCCCUGCGUCAUCACCGGCUGCGUGUUCUUCCUGCGCGCCAACAUGGACGUGGACAACUGCACGGACGUCCUGGCACUGGCCGAGACGUACGGCGUGCAGGAAAUCAUCGAGGAGGUCUACAACUUCAUGCGGGACAACUACAUCGACUUCUGCAAGAGUGAGAGCUACCAGGUUCUCAGUCCGGAGAAACGGGAACAUCUGAAGACGCUGCGGAACAGCGGGAAGCAGUACAUCGGGAUCAUCAGUAAGGAAGGCGCCAUGAGGGGCUUACAGGUAGAUGCAGAUGACGUGAAGAAGUUACAUUACUACGACGAGGAACGGGACAAGUGGAAACUACUAGCUACUCUACCGGUUUCUCGAUGGAAUUGUAGCGUUGCAGUGAUUGAAAACUACCUGUACGUGGUGGGAGGGUUCAAGCCCCGCACAGGUGACUCCUGCUUCCAGUACCUGCCAGGUGCCUACAGGUACAACCCCUGUAGGAACUCGUGGGAAGAGAUCCGCGCCAUGAGGAAGCGUCGCCGCCACUUCAGUCUCGUGCCGCUAGAGGGCGCGCUGUAUGCCAUCGGCGGCUGGUGGCUGGACGCCUUCGCCCCGGACGCGCGGAGCCGCAUGUUCGACUCCAUCGAGAAGUACGACCCCGAUGCCGACCGAUGGAGCAUCGUGACCACCCUCCCCCUGCCCAGGUACCGCGUUCACAUGACGCUAACCCAUGACAACCCCCUGGCAGUCGCCUUCAAUUCCUCCAUCUUCAUCCUCCUAGCCUAUAGGGGCAUCAUUGUCAUGCACCAGUACACCCCCUCUACGGACAAUUGGAGAGAAGUGUGCGAGGUGCCGUUUCACAACGAUCUAUACACUGUCUACACGAUGCUGUCGCUGGAUGACGUCAUCUACAUUAUAGGGGGGAAUUUCGAUGAGAACCUGGUGGUGAGUUACAGACCGGACACGGACGAGUGGACCAAGCUCAGCUCGGUCACCAGGGUGGCUUAUUUCAACGGCAGCGCCACCUUGCGGGGACGUAAGAUCUACAUCGGGACGGCGGAGGACCAGACGCUGCAGGUGUACGAUGUGGACACCAACACGUGGCAGUCGGCAGGGGGCGCUACUAUGCCGUUCCUGGGUCCUCUGGUCGCCUUCACGCUAUCACUGGGCUGACCGUGCUAGAUGAUUAGUGUAGCUCAGAGCAUAUGAUCAGAGUAUACUACAUGUAUGUGAACAAAGUACAAUAUGUAGAGGUGGACACAAUACUUAAUGACGUUCAAUGAUAAUUCAAUUUUGAAACAAAAUAAUUUGAGCUACAAGCACAGAAGUCUCGCAUCACUGAUCACCUUAGUUUGACUCUAGUUCAUUUAUUUCUCUACAAGGUAUAUCAAAACUUCUCAUUAAAGUACACCAUCAAAAUAUGGUUAAUAUGCAAUACAUUGGUCUGUAAAAAUGCACAAGGAACUAGAAUAUCCAUUUACGCCAUAUAACCAUAUCAAUUGCUUGCACUUUUCCAGUUCACUGCAGACAAGAAGGUUAUAGGCAGACAAUAACUAUAACAGACUAUAACUUUGCUACAGGGUGAACCCAAGUCAUUAUUUUGUACAUGGACAAUUUAGAAACGUAUAACAGUUAAACGCAGUGUCAGGUGAUUGUGUUUUUUAUGCAUGUAGAAUGAAUUUGCUGUCUGUC